AUGGACGGCGGGAAGGGCGAGCUGCUGAGCAUCAUCUCGUGCAUCGAGCUCGGGCCAAACUGCACGGAGACCCUGGCGCUGUCAGCAGGACCCACGUGGAGGGGUAACGGCUCGGCUCUGGAUGCGUACCGGCUCGUGGAGCACCAGCUUCCCGCCUCGGCGGCUCCAACGUUGGCCAAUAUGUUGCUGAAGGUGAGACGUGGAGGGACAAAAAAAUAUGUCAAACUGGACGAAGUCCACUUCUCAGACUUCAUCAGAGCAGUGCAACAGAAGUUUCUCAUAGCAGAAAACACAAUGCUGAAAGUCACCGAUGAGCAAGGCAUAGAGGUGGAUGAGGAUGUCUUUCCUGAAGUGGCAACAGUCCAAGACAUUUGUUUUGUCAUCUACACUGAUUAUGGUAAGAUGGUGGAGCAGGUUCUAAUUUCUAAGCCGGCAGGGUUGACUGUGAUCAAAGAGUACGACGAUACUGGGAGUCUGAAAGAUUCCACCAGGCGAUUAAUGGUGAACAUCAUUGUAGCUCACAUGUAUGAAAAGGAAGGGAGAGGUGUAAGUAAAGCGACGGAGUUCCAUGCACUUGGGAUUGUGUCACUUUUCCCAUCUCUUAAGGACCCUUACUCAACAAAAGGAUAUAUUCUGCAAGAUUUCUCAUUGAUGUUCGGAGCCGAAACUGCAUCCAGGUUCCUGGAAAGAUGGAACAGCGGUUUUAAAGACAAAGUCCUACGAGAGGCCAGGGACCUUAGAGAGACUCCUCUUCUGAAAAAUCAGCUGAAAUCUGCGCUGAAUGAAGCAUCUGACACCGAUGAGCCAGAGUGGGACAGCGACAUGGCUUCUCUUCUUGUCUUGCUGCAUAUUCUCACUCCACAACCAGCUGGAAGGAAGCGGGCCAAGAAAAUCAGUGUCAGAGAGGCAAUAGAUCAUCUGGUGAUUUUUCACAAGUCCUGCAAGAGCCUUGAGGAUCACCUCAUGACCAUUGAGGGAACCCACCAGCCGUAUCUUCUGGCCACAGGCACUUCAAAGGCACAGGUUUUCAGCUUCUACAUCGUAUUGGACAAAAAGCUUCUUCCUUGUCAGUCACAACACAAACACAAAUUUUUCUAAGAUUGUGUAAAGAACUUCAAGAAUUUGACAGUAUCACUUGCGAAAAAACACCAGUUUGCAUUAGCUUAUCAUUGGGAAUGCUUGACUUUAAAACCAGUUCAGUCUGGUCCAGUUAAAAUGUGUGUACUUGAAACACAAGACUAUACAGAAGAUAUAUCUGCAUAUCUCAGAAUUGAUCCACAAGCCACUGUCAACCUCACAAGCUGGGUAAAGUGUUGUGGGGUUGAAUAUCGAGUUGGCCUCUUUGUUUGUACAAGCACCGAUGAAAACAUGCCGGUGUUCAGCAAAAUAACCUGUAUCAUUCUUCACAAUGGAAAAGUUAUUUUUGUUUUGGUCG